CCGGACGACCCCGGAAGUGGGUCGGGGGCUUGGCCUCUGCCCGGCCUCGGAGCCGGAGCGGGAGGUGGCACCCUAGAGGGGUCGAGCCGAGCGAUCCUGUCCGGCGGCGGACCCCGGGCAGGGCCCGGGCCAGGGGUCCAGGAUGCUGAACGUCCCUUCCCAGUCUUUCCCGGCCCCCAGCUCGCAGCAGCGCGUCGCCUCCGGGGGGCGUAGCAAGGUCCCUCUGAAACAGGGCAGAAGUCUUAUGGAUUGGAUUCGCCUCACCAAAAGUGGAAAGGAUCUAACAGGAUUAAAAGGCAGGUUAAUUGAAGUAACUGAAGAAGAACUUAAAAAACACAACAAAAAAGAUGAUUGUUGGAUAUGCAUAAGAGGGCUUGUUUAUAAUGUCAGCCCAUAUAUGGAGUAUCAUCCUGGUGGAGAAGAUGAACUAAUGAAAGCUGCAGGAUCUGAUGGCACUGACCUCUUUGAUCAGGUUCAUCGUUGGGUCAAUUAUGAGUCCAUGCUAAAGGAAUGCCUGGUUGGCAGAAUGGCCAUUAAGCCUGCUGUUCCUAAAGACUAUCGUGAAGAAAAGAAAGUCGUAAAUGGCAUGCUUCCCAAGAGCCAAGUAACAGAUGCACUUGCCAAAGAAGGCCCUAGGUCUCCAAGCUAUGACUGGUUCCAGACAGACUCACUAGUCACCAUUGUCAUAUAUACCAAACAGAAGGAUAUUAAUUUAGACUCAGUAAUAGUUGAUCAUCAGGAUGAUUCCUUUAGAGCAGAAAUAAUUAUCAAGGAUUAUUCAUAUAUUAUACAUCUUGGGCUAAGUCAUGAAAUUCAAGAAGAUCUUUCUGUGCGGGUUGUUGAGAACGUAGGAAAAAUAGAGAUUGUCCUAAAGAAAAAAGAGAAUACUUCUUGGAAACGUCUCGGCCACCCCCUAGAGAAUCAUGAUUCACUUGUUCCAAAGAAAGGUUUGCACUACAGAAAGUGCCAGUUAAUUUCCAAGGAAGGUGUUACUCAUGAUACGAAGCUUUUCUGCUUGAUGCUGCCACCAAGCACUCAUCUUCAGGUGCCAAUUGGGCAACAUGUUUACCUCAAGCUGCCUAUUACAGGUACUGAAAUUGUGAAGCCAUAUACACCUGUAUCUGAUUUCUUACUCUCAGAGGUCAAGGAACCAGUUAUUCUCAACAAUAAAUACAUCUACUUUUUGAUCAAAAUCUAUCCUGCUGGACUCUUCACACCAGAGCUUGAUCAUCUUCAGAUUGGAGAUUUUGUUUCCGUAAGCAAUCCUGAGGGCAAUUUUAAAAUAUCCCAGUUCCAAGAAUUAGAAGACCUCAUUUUAUUGGCAGCUGGAACAGGCUUCACACCAAUGGUUAAAAUACUGACUUAUGCUUUGACUAACAUACCCAGUCUCAGGAAAGUGAAGCUGAUGUUCUUCAAUAAAACAGAGGAUGAUAUAAUUUGGAGAAGCCAGUUGGAGAAAUUAGCAUUUAAAGAUAAAAGAUUUGACGUUGAAUUUGUUGUCUCAGCACCGACUUCUGAAUGGAAUGGCAAACGGGGACACAUUUCACCAGCUCUUCUUUCUGAAUUUUUGAAAAGAAGUUUAGACAAAUCCAAAGUCCUCGUUUGCAUUUGUGGACCAACACCAUUCACAGAACAAGGAAUAAGAUGGCAGCAUAAUAAUCCUUUUAAAUGAUGAGAAUCAUAAACUCUUCAGCAUUGAAAGAGACUGUCUUUAAGGCCACUUAGAGCAAUUAACUGACUGGGGAAGAAUCCCUUGUCCAUUCUCCUAAAGAAGUGGGUUGUUUUCUCCCAUGAACGACGGGUUGUUUGCGGGCUCUUCAUUCUCAUUCUCGUUCCGUGCAAGGCUUAGCCCGCUUCCUUGCACAGCGGAGGCUCGGUGCGCGUGGAAUUGAAUAGAAGGAAACCGAGAUCCUGGUGUGUCUGAAGUUUUAAAACUGACUGUAAUUCUGCAGCUUGAGUCUGUCAGCUUUACUCAGAGCUGAUGUUCCCGUGCCGCACUAGCUGGCUCGCCUAGGACUGCUCAGGAGCAUUACCGGUCACCAUCUACGCAUCCCUGCUUGUGCUCGCCGUCCAGCGUGCCGCCCGGUGUGCCCUGGGAGACGUAGCCUGGCCCCAUCAGUGCAGGCGUCCCUCGUUUCACCGCUGCUCUUCACAUGCUGUGCUUCGCAGAUACUGCCUUUUUUUUUUUUUUAACAUAUUGAAGGUUGGUGGCCACCCUGCAUCGAGCAAGCCCAUCGGUGCUAUCUUCCCAGCAGCAUUUGCUCACUUUGUGUCUCAUUUUGGUAAUUCUCACAAUAUUUCACGCUUCUUCAUUAUUAUUAUAUUUGUUACAGGUGAUCUGUGAUCAGUGAUUACAACUUGCCCAGAGCUCAGAUGUUGGUUAGCAAUUUUUAGCAGUAAAGUAUUUUUUAAUUAAAGUACGAACAUUGUUCUUUUAGCUGUAAUGCUGUUGCACACUCACUAGACUGUAGUGUAAAGAUAACUUUGAUAUGCACCGGAAAACAAAACAUUCAUUUGACUUGCCCUGUUGCAAUAUUCGCUUUAUUGCGGUGGUCUAGAACCAAAUCCACAGUAUCUCGGAAGAGUGCGUGUACUUGGGAUUCAUAGCAUCUGCCCCUGUGCCAUUUAGGACCCUCGUUUCUUUGAUUUCCUUGCCUUGACCAUCUUAAUGGAUGUAGUGUAUCUCUUACUUGGCAGUUACAUAGAUCUCUUAUUAUAUCAUAGUUUUUGCUAUCCUGAAAAAUGACUCUGUGAUGCCCAGUCCUUAAGGCCCUCCAAAGUUAAUCUAAUGUUAAUCUCGUCUGCUAUAUAUGUAUAACCAUAUCAAACAUACUCUCCAUAUUUGGUGAAAAUCUGUUAAAUUUGUACGACAUGGUAACAGAGACUCAGAAACUGAUUUUAAUAUAGGUAAAGAGCAAGAUAAUUACUUGUUCAGUGAAGGCGCUUUCAUCUACUAAAUACCCACUUGUUUAUUAUGUAGAUAAAUAAAACAGUGUCUGCGUUCGAGGCCCACACUGUCUAGGGGAAACAGCUGCACACACUGGUAACUAAAAUAUGACUCAGAAUAUCAUAAACACUCUUACGAGAGGUGAAAACAAAGUGUUAGGAAAAUUCAGGAAGAGGCAAUUUAAUUUAACCUACGGGUGUGUUUGGAGAGAGAGGAGCUACCUGCUCUUUGAGUGAUGGCCCAGAUGUUGCCCGUCAGAGAGGUAGAGAGGGCGGGAGUAGGCAGAGGAACGAGCAGACACAUGGGGGAUGCGGGUAUUCAGACGUGUGAAGCCACAAGCCCUUGAGGGACAGCGAGUGUGGCUGGAAAGGCAGGAGGAGUUCAGCCAGCAAGAGGCUUGACUGUUGGCACCAAGUUGGCCCUCCGGCCGUAUUGUUGCUUUGUCUGAAUAUGUGUGUCUGUCUGGAAGCUGCUACUUUGAGUUUGAAUCCCAGCUCUACCACGUACAAUCAGGCAUCCUAGAGCCAACUACUUAACCUUUCCAAGCUUUAGUGCACUCGUCUGUACAAGGGAAUAAAUAAUAAUACUGAGGCAUGUGACUACAUAUACUAAGUACUAAAUAAAUGUUGGUAUUUUCAGGAA